AUGAGCACACCCGGUCGCACGAAACCGUGCUCUCCGAACGUGUCUAAGAGCAGAACGGCGGAGCAGAUCCCUGACAUCACGAUCGCGCCCGACAGCCCGAUCGAGCCUCGCCGCACCCCCUCCCGAACUAACGACUCAAGAUCCAACUCUUGCUAUGGCCCACCAGCCGCUGCAAAGGGCUCGGUCCCUCCGGAACUGCCGCCUGGUGCGGCACCUCCACCGCCAGCCCGUCCUCUACUCGCGCCGGAACGAACUCUGUCGCGCAGCGCCAGCCUCAGCGUGCGACCAUCACCAGCUGGGCCGAGCUCACGAUCGCGGCGUAGACCAGCGACCAUUUUCGACAGCUUGAGCGAAGCUCCAUCAAUCCCGGAACUGGUCGACCCGCGCCGCACGAGCAACCCGCCUCGAUACUCACAAGUGGUCAGCCCUUCCUCUUCUCGUCGGCCGAGGGAGAAGAGCAGCUGGCGUCCUUCUGACUCCCGAGCCAGCGACUCCUUGUAUGACAGCUCGGAGGCUGAUGCCCGCGUUCCAAAGAACGAUGUGCCUGAGCGGUGGGAGCGCCCGUUCGAGGUGAACACCGAUCAUGACAUACUCGACCCGGUGCUGGAGACAGCGGCCGAGCCAGAGGCUUCUGGCGACACUAGCCUCAGUGGCUCCGCCCUUGCGUCAUUCCUCGCUAGUGAGCGCCGUCGGGAUCUCAGCCUCGCGGACCCGUUCUCCGAAUUUGCCGGCCGUGCAGCCUCGCCUCGAUCGCCCCGCCUGGGAUCACCAAACUCGCCUCGUAUCCGCACACCUCGACUCACCUCCCCGACCCACUUAGAGGAGCCCCAAGUCGUUCGCACUCGCAGUAUCUCCAGCCCACACAUCACCUUCAGAUCGCCCGAACCUGAGCGUCGACCGGAGACGGAGCAGCGAAGGCGCCCUAAGUACGCUCGGCAUGGGUGGCGACCAUCGCAGGCUGCAGCAGGUGAUCACCUGUACGAGCCUCCCACCCUGGAUGACGAUAUGCCGGCUCAGUGGGAGCGUCCAUUCGAUCUUCAUGACGAGUACGAGAUCGAUGUCCACAAGCACAAGGCGCAGCCGGAGCCCGAGCCGGAAACCCCAAUCGACACUAGCGCUAUCAACAGCUUCUUGGCCACUGAGCGCCGGAGAGACAUCGGUACAACGCAGUGGGCAAACCAGCUGCAGUCGAUGGGUGAUAGCAUCCGUGCCGAUCCCCAGACCGCUGCCGUACUCACCAGGGUAGCGACGAGGAACCGCGACCACAGUGAAAGUGGACGUCGGCACCGACGCGGCCAUUCCAGGAAUGAGAGCUGGGACGGGAGCGCUAUCCUGGGUAAUGUUGACAGGAGAGGCAACUCGGAAAUCAGUAGACCGAGCCGGCAAGCUACCAUCCGCGCGGUUCUCGAUCCCAUUCCUGGAGCCGUGCCCGACUGCACUGCCGAUGGACGCGAAGCUAGGCGGCACGCCCGUCGGAUCCGCCAAGGUCGCGAGGACCAUGAGGACGCACCGCCCGCGUACAUGCCGGACCGGCCUCCGAUGUACGUUGAGGGCGGUACGCGCGCCUGA